GAAAUUUUGAUGGCAUCUCACAAAAUUUUCCCUCCCUAAGUCCAUGACAGAUUUCAAAGCCAUUCCAACUACAGUUGAAUCUCAAAUCACAACCGUCCAUCAUCAAUAAUGGACCCCUCAAGUUGAUGCUUCCAAUAUGAACCCGCAUGUACUGUAUCAUUCCUAGUUAAUACUAUAAAACCAUCCUCUCUAGUCUCACCUUUCUCUUACAACCUGCUAGAGUUCAGUCCAGUACAUAGAGAAAAAGGAAACAGAGAGAGAAAAAAAAAAUGGCAGGGAGAUGGGCCACGUCAGCAUUUCGGCGGGUAGCCUCAGAGCUCGUGUCGUUCCGGUCGUCGAUCCUACGAUGGCCGCAGUUCGUUUCCUCCUCGAUGUUCGUGCCGAGGUGGGGGUUCUUCGGGUGGCCCGAGCUGAGCAGCUUCAGUUUCUCCGUGGUGGACGACGUCGUUUGGGGUCUGAUCACGGCGUUCGAGUCCGUCGCCUUGGUUUCCAUGCUCUGCUUCUUCUUUCUCUUUUGCGGCUGCACUGUCUGAAAAAUUUAAGUAAAAAUCCACAACUUUUCCGACAGUAAUCAGCUGAAGUUGUCGGAAUCCGACGUGGCGGAGAUAUUAAGUAGGUUAGCACGUGACUUGGAGUUCGGCGCAUGUGGAGUUUGUUGCAAUUUUGUCUCCUCUUCUAUUUUUACUUUUUACCCUGACUUUGUAAUUCCAAUAGGCAAUAGCAGUAAAAAUGCUUCCUUUUUUUAACUUUUGAGCUUUCUUUUUGUACACUUUGGGUGGCUUUCCUCCUUAA